AUGAUUGAAAAAAGAGAUGAACCUGCUUUCAAAAGAAUGGAGGAGUCGCUGAGUAAACUCAAGAAUGAUAUGAAUAAGAAAUAUAAUAUAACCGAUGACGACUUUAAUAGUUUUGUAAAUCGUGCAGCUGAGGCUGUGAUUGAGGGUGAUGAACUGGACUGGACUUUGCUUAACAGCCUCACAUUCGCCUUGACCACUUUCACCACAAUAGGAUAUGGUAUCAUAACACCUAAAACAGAGCUUGGCAAAGGUAUCACAAUUCCUGUGUGCCUCCUUGGUAUUCUCAUCACCAUGUUGGCCUUUAAAACUUCAGGAGAGCUUUUUGCUUCUUCUAUUCGCCAUCUCGUCAUAAAGAUAGAAAAUAAUCUGCUUAAAAGGGAAGAGGUAAUGAAUCUAAAGAUAAAAAAACUCGUGGCAUCAUGCACCCUUAUGUUUGCUUUGUAUAUCUUUACAAGUUUCACAGGCGCUUUCAUGGAAAAGUGGAAUUAUGUGGAGAGCUUCUAUGCGUGGUUUGCCACUUUCACCACAAUUGGAUUCGGCGACUACGUCCAUUGUGAAGCGCUUCUAAGGGGCAUGGGACGAGGGAUAGACAAUACAGUUCAUCUUGUGAUAUACAUCUGCGUACUGUACCUUCCAACCAUGAUUGGCCUGAGUUGUAUGUCAUGUAUUCUGGGUUGCAUUGUGGAUUCCAUGGAUCAGAUUCGCCACUUUCGUGAUGGCUGUAUAGAUAGCUGCGUACACUUACACUCAAGCAUAAGACACAAGCUCUGCUGCAAGAAGGAAAAUCAGGUUGAGUGCCAAAAUCAAGUAAUUUCUGCCUGGAAUUAG